CACCAGCUACCUGCUGCUCAGCCAGCAGCACUCCUCGCCCGGCGGUUGGCCAUUGGAGGAGGAGGAGGAGGAGGCUGCAGCUGCCGCCGCCGCCGCCGGGGCGGCAUUCGCAUCAGCAGCGGGAACAUCGCAGCAUUCCGUUGAGAACGGGGAUAGCAUGCUGAAGGAUGCAAAGCCCUGGAUGCGCAACGCGGAUGGAGCCGGCACGGUGACUCACCUCGCGCCCGAAUGCUUCGUCCAAGGCAGCAAGUUGGACCAAUCGGUGGACGUGUAUGCGUUCGGCAUCGUGAUGUGGGAGGUAUUCACGCGGAAGCCGCCGUAUGCGGAGUUUGCACCCGACUUUGAGG